AUGACGGGUCUAAUUACUCAUGGUUUGUUCUUACAAAAUAAUUUUUUAUUGAAUUUCAACAAAAAUAAUAUUAAAUUAUUAACGAAUAACUUUUCAACAAGUUACAUUUGUGCCAACAUCGAUCGUCAUGAUAAUGCACCUAAGAAAUCAAUUAGUGAAUUUUAUAGUGGGAAGUCAGUGCUAGUUACUGGAGGUACGGGCUUUCUGGGAAAGGUGCUGGUCGAGAAGUUAUUAUACGAUACUGACGUGGAAAAAUUAUAUUUGAUGAUUCGAGAAAAGGAUGGCGAAACUAUCGAUCGAAGAAUGGCUGCUCUGCUGAACAAUUCUAUUUUUGGAAAGUUAAAAGCCUUGAAGCCGUCUGCAGUAAAUAAAAUAGUGCCUAUAUAUGGCGACGUCACGCAAACCGACUUGGCCAUGAAAACACAAGACAUUAAAACGUUAACCUCAGAGGUCUCGGUGGUUUUUCAUAUGGCCGCAAGUAUACAGUUCAAAGAACCUAUGUCUGUUACCUUGAAUUACAACUAUGAGGGGACGAAGAGAGUACUUAAGUUAUUACGGCAAAUGCAAAAGAUUGAAUCCUUCGUUCACGUUUCGUCUGUAUAUGCACAAGCGCUUGAUGGAGGGAAGAUAGUCCAGGAGACCUUGUACCCGCCGCCGGCUAAUCACAACGAACUAGAGACCUUCAUAUCGAAGUACGACAACGACGAAGAGGAAACAAAGAAAUUUUUGCAACGACGUUGUAAUACAUACGCUUAUGGUAAAGCGUUGACAGAGGCCUUUGUGGCUGAAAACCAUGGCACAAUACCGACGUGCAUAGUUAGACCAUCUAUGAUUACUUCGAAAGCAGAGCAGCCUUUACCUGGGUGGUUAGACAACUGGUAUGGACCGACGCGCUUCUUAUACAAUGCAUCUCGUGGAUGGGACCGUUCGUGCUUCAUUCGAAGAGAAUUCUUAGCUGACAUGAUACCAGUGGACUAUGUCGCGAACCUCUGUAUCGUUGCGGGAGCGAGAAACGACAGUUGUGUCGAUAUCGCGGUUUUCAACAGUUGUACCACAGGAGCGAAUCCAUUAACCUGGGCAUAUGCACAUAAGUGCAUGAUAAAAGAUACAGUUAAGAAUAAAUUGAAUGAUCUGCCAUAUCCAUUUGUAUUAUACACACAGUCAAAGCUACUAUACUCAAUUUAUACGAUGCUUCUGCAGUUAAUUCCUGCAAAAAUAGCGGACGGUUGGCUGUGGGUUACUGGAAGGAGAUCAAAGUAUACAAAAACACAGAAGAAAGUAAUACAUUUAAAAGAAACACUGAGUUUUUUUCUGAAGAAUUCAUGGGUAAUUGAAUGCGAAAAUACUAGGAAACUCUUUAGAUCUCUAUCAUUGGAUGAUCAAAAAAAGUUUCCCUGUGACCCCGUUAACAUUAACUGGAGAAAAUACUUAGAAGACUAUCAAAAGGGCAUCGAAAAGUUUUUGUGCCAGGAAAAAGUGGGGCCAAAUAAACCUUAAAAUGUUUGGAUUC